AUGACGACUGAGUUGAGGACAACAUCCCUGCCCCUCACAGAGUCCAGCCUGGAAAAUGGAACCAAUUUUGAAACAGACCGUGUGACUACAGCAAUCAUCAGUGUCGCUCUUGUCAUCUGUCUGUUGGGGCUGGUGGGAAAUGGGAUUGUGCUCUGGUUUGACAGCUUCCGCAUAAAGAGGAACCCCUUCACCGUCUAUGUCCUCAACCUGGCUGCUGCGGACUUUGGCUUCCUCUUCUGUUUGGCAAUUUUCUUAACAAUUUAUGUCAUGCGUUUAUUUCACUUAUUCUAUUUAAUGAAGCACUUGAACUUUCAGCUUUUGAUCAUGUACAGCACCAGCCUGUACCUCCUGGCAGCCAUCAGUGCCGAAAGACAUUACAUCACGAUGCUCAUUCCACUCUCGGUUACAAGUUUCCUGAUAUUCACCCCCAUCAUGGUUACCUCCAGUCUGACCCUGUUUAUCAAGGUCCGAUGUAGCUCCCAGCGAUACCACCCAGGGAAGCUUUACAUGGUUAUCUUGCUGAAUGUCCUCUUCUUCCUCAUCUUUGCUGUUCCCCUAAGUAUUGUCACCUUCCUCCAGAAUUUUGUUUAUCAUUUUAAUCUCCUCAUUACUACUUUCAUGCUGGCCUCUAUGAACAGCAGCAUCAAUCUGUCCUUCCUUGUUGGGAGCUACAGAAAUCGACAAUUCAAGCGAUCUGUCAAAAAGGCACUUCGUAGCGUGUUUGAAGAGGAUGCAGAUACCAAACAGGAAAGGGUUAGGGCCACUUAA